AUGAAAAAUGUACCUUGCUACGAAUACGUUAUCCCACUCCGAAAAGUUCUACAAUCAUUUUUCUCUCUUGAAAGUGUGCUUUUAGAAACACUACAAUACAUAAAAAAGUUAAAUUCUCAGGAAGGCUACAUUGGCAAUUUUAUACAGGGCUCGUUUUGGAAGUCGAGAGUAAGUCGUUAUGGCAACCGUGUAGUCUUGCCGUUAUUUUUAUUCUUUGACGAUUUUGAGACCGGCAAUGUCUUAGGUUCCCGAUCUGGUGUCCAUAAGUUAGGUGCAAUGUAUGUUUCAGUACCUUGUCUCCCUCCAUGGCAAGUGUCAGUUUUAUCCAAUAUCUUUCUUGCUCUUUUUAUUGCAUCUCUUUAUGCAAACUCUACCUUGCCGCGUGGUAUUACUCAAACAGUUGUUGGUGGAUUUCAUUCUUCUGACAGGGUUUCUUUUGGAAACCGUGUCAUUUUUCAACCGCUUAUAGAUGAAUUCAAUUACCUCAGUGAGAACGGUAUAGAUUUGGAGGUACCUGGCUUUAAGGGCACAAUUUACUUCGAGUUAGGGCUUAUUUUAGGCGACAACUUGGGAAUUCACAGCUUAAUUGGAUUUGUAGAAAGUUUUUCGAGUAAUUUUCCGUGUAGAGUAUGUAAGGUGAAAAAGGAGGUGAUGUGGUCGCAAUGUCGCGAGGAUACAUCUUUAUUAAGAAAUAUUUCUAAUUAUAAUGCUGACCUCAUUGCAAGUAAUCCGUCAAAUUCUGGUAUCAAAGAGAUGUGUGUGUGGUUAGACGUUAAAGGUUUUGAUCUCUUUCAGCAGGUAGGCUGUGAUGUCAUGCAUGACGUUCUGGAGGGUGUUGGGAAAUAUGUUGUGAGCUUCGUACUAACUGAGUUAACUACCAAAAAGAAAUACUUUUCUCUUGAAAACUUUAAUAAAAAGCUAUCAACAUUUUCUUAUGGGCCUGAUGCGAAAAAUAAGCCUUUCCAAUUGUCUAGAGAGCAUCUCAUGGCAGGAAAUAUUCGUUUGUCGGCUUCGGAAAUGUUGACACUCAUUAGGUAUUUACCAUUGCUUGUGGGACAUGAAGUUCCAAGAGAAGAUCAAGUCUGGAAGUUGUAUCUGUCUUUGAGACAAGUUGUCGAGAUUUUAUUGAGUCCAAUUUUGUUGAACGGGACUGCUCUUUACUUGCAAACAUUGGUAGACGAGUUGAAUGAAAUUUAUUUGGAAGUGACAAAAACCAAGUUGAAACCAAAAUUUCAUAAUCUCGUUCACUACCAUUCAGCUAUAUCGAAAUAUGGUCCUGUCGUUCAUUUAUGGUCAAUGAGAUUCGAGGCGAAACAUAGGCUAUCUAAAAUGGCUGCUAGGGCCUCUAGUAACAGAAUAAAUAUAACCUUAUCUUUAGCUAUGAAACAACAACUUGCAUUGAAUGAAAUUUUUAUGAAAGGGAAACUUAGCAACGUACUUUCGACAGGGCCCAAACACAAUGAUUUGUCACUGUUCGACAAAGUUUUCUUGACAAGGGAGUUAUCUUUAGACAACAGUAAGUUAUUGCAACGGAUAAAUUGGGCUGCAAUGUCAUCAGUACGUUAUGAUAAAGGCUGUAUACUUGUCUAUGAUUCCAAACCACAAGGCGACUAUGAUGACGUAAUUUUCACGGUUGUUGACAAAUUAUACCUUUAUGAUUCCACUCAGUUAAUUAUCAGUGGUGUUACAUUAGAUACUAUUGAAUUUGAUGAUCAUUUAUGUACAUUCAAAGUUAAGAGACCGCAUAUAGAUAACAACAUUGCUAUUUUCUAUGACAGUCUUCCAUCACAAACUCCACACACUUUAAAUAUUCAUUCCGAUGGCAAUUAUUAUGUAACCUUACGAAGUCCUUUGUGA